AUGUUCUAUUUAUCAAUCAAUCAUGAAACACAAGAAGAAGAACGCCAGGACACAAAGACACAGUGGUCUAUAUUACACCCUCGGACACAGUGGUCUAUAUUAAACCCUAGGACACAGUGGUCUAUAUUAAACCCUAGGACACAGUGGUCUAUAUCAAACCCUAAGACACAGUGGACACAGUGGUCUGUAUUAAACACUAGGACACAGUGGUCUGUAUUAAACCCUAGGACACAGUGGUCUAUAUUAAACCAUAGGACACAGUGGUCUAUAUUAAACCCUAGGACACAGUGGUCUGUAUUAAACCCUAGGACACAGUGGUCUAUUUUAAACCCUAGGACACACGAAGGUGAAGGCACUACCGAGACGCAAGCCUGUGAAGGAUCACCUCGCAUGCUAGUUUGCGCUAACGCUAGCAGUGACGACGUGAAGCCGCUGCUCGUUCAUCACCCGAGUCUUCAACAAUGA